AUGUUUCGUGCUUGUUGUAAAAUACCAUCAAACAAUAAAAUAUUGUCUUUUCCUAUUACCAGCCUGUUGAUAAAUCGUAAAUAUGCUGCUAGUGCUGCAAUUUCUCCAAUUACAGUCACAAAGUCAAAAACUGGAAUAACAACUGUUUCAAUUAAAGAUAGCACACCAGCUUCUUCUGUUUCCUUAGUUGUAAAGGCUGGUCCUCGUUAUGAAACCAUUAAUAAAAUUGGAGCAGCGCAUUAUUUAAAAAAUUUUGCUUUUAAGAACACCACAAAUAAAACUGCUUUUCGUAUAACACGUGAAACAGAAUUGCUUGGUGGUGUAUUAGCAGCCAGUUUAACAAGAGAAAAUUUAAUUCUUACUGCAGAAUUUUUGCCAGAUAAUCUUGAAUAUUUUUUGGGUGUAUUAUCUGAUGUAAUUUUCAACACAAAGUAUGAACCACACGAAUUUAAAGAAGUGAAACAAAGUGUUGCAUUUGAGAGAAGUAUUGCAGAAGCAACUCCGGAAGUUUUAGCUUUAGAAGCAGCGCAUGAAGCUGCAUUUCGUGAUGGACUUGGAAAUCUACUUUUUGCAAAUUCCACUACAAAAAUCAAGAGUAAUGAAGAUGUUAUAGCAUAUGCUAAUAAAGUUUACACAGCUCCAAAUAUCACUAUUAUUGGUACUGGUGUUGAUCAUGACAAGUUGACAGCUUUAACAGAAAAUCUAUUUAAAGAUAUAAGUCAUGCAGUGCCAGCUACACCAAUCGCUUCCAAAUAUUUUGGUGGUGAGGUUAGAUUGGCUAGUGGAAAUGAUAUAAAUCAUUAUAUACUUGCAUUUGAGGGUGCACCAGCAGGAACACCUGAUUUUUAUACUCUUCAGAUUCUUAGAUCGUUAUUAGAUGGAGAUAAACACACAAAGUGGGGUGAUGGCGUUACUAAACUUUCUCAAACAGCAAAUAAACUUGAUACUAAAACCAGCACUUUCAACACAGGGUAUUCAGAUGCAGGUAUUUUUGGUGUAUACUACUCAGCAGCUAAACCAACAUCAAUAUAUUCAGCUGCUCGUGCUACUGUUGAACAGUUACAACAUGUUGCAAAAGGUGUUGAUAAAGAUGAAUUCCAAAGAGCCUUUGCAAAAGCAAAAUAUAGCACUGCAAUUUCUUAUGAUACACGUUAUUCUAAAACUGUGAUCUUGGGCAGUCAGGUUUUAUCUUCUGCAAAAAUUGUUUCUGCUUCUGAAGCAGUAUCAGAAUAUGAUCAUAUCAAAGAAACAGAUAUUGCCAAUAGAAUUUUGUCAAGUAAACCUACUGCUGUGGCACUUGGAGACAUAGCUACCUUACCAUAUGCUGAUGCUCUAUCUCUUUAA